AUGGUGGGAUCGCUUGCUGGACGUACGGCCUUUAUCACGGGCGGUUCGCGCGGGAUCGGACUCGAGAUCGGCAAGUGCCUCGCCUCGCGCGGUGCCAACGUGGUGAUCGCAGCCAAGACGGCAACGCCGCACCCCAAACUGCCUGGAACGAUCUACACUGCCUGCGACGAGAUUGCUGCCGAAGCGGACAAAGCCGGAUCGGGCGCCCAAGCUCACCCCGUGCAACUGGAUAUUCGCGAUGCCUCUGCGGUGGAAUCAGCCAUCAACGCGGUUGCGGACAAAUUCGGAGGACUUGACAUGGUGAUCAACAACGCCAGCGCGAUCAACAUGACUCCGACCAAGGAUGCGGCUGUGAAGAGCUACGACCUGAUGAACGGCAUCAACGCACGCGGAUCCUGGCUCGUCUCUCGAUUCGCCCUACCUCACCUGCUUGAAUCCGCAGAAAGAGGCAACAACCCGCACAUCCUAACCCUCUCGCCUCCACUCAACUUCAACACGCUCUCAACCACCGUGGGAAAGCAGGAUCCCCCAGCCAUUUUCCCGUACCAAUUUGCCCAGACAGCAAGUGCAUACACCAUUGCCAAAUUUGGAAUGUCGCUCCUCACCCUCGCCCUGGCCGCCGAAACCACGGGCAAGGUGGCGGUCAAUUCACUCUGGCCCUACACCCUCAUCGCCACAAGCGCUAUGAAGAUCGUCAGCAAAGACGCUAGCGUCCAGGAACGCAAGUGGCGCAACCCCGCCAUCGUCGCCCAAGCCGCCGCCAGAAUCGUAGAGGAAAACGCCGCCAACUUCACAGCCAAGUUCCUCGUCGACGAACUCUACCUCCGCGAAAAAGGAUUCACCAACAACGACCUACACAAGUUCAACGUGGACGAAUCCACGCACCUCAACGACCUCGCCGAAGAUCUCUACAUCAGCCAGGAGCUCAGGGACGCCAUCAAUGCAGGUCGUCAAUCCUAA